GAACGGAAUACUGUGGCUCGAUCACUCGUCGUCCGGCGCGCGUCCGAUACACAUCGCAGAAAGGAGUCCGGUUGUUCCUCUCUCUCGCUCUCCUUUACCCAUAUCUCUCGCACACCACCCUACGGCACAAUGUCUGGAUUAACGGACCCUGUGGCGUUCGCCAAGGAUUUCAUUGCUGGCGGUGUGGCCGCGGCGAUCUCCAAGACCACCGUAGCGCCUAUCGAGCGUGUGAAGUUGCUGUUACAAGUACAGCACAUCUCCAAGCAAAUCGCCGAGAAUCAGCGUUACAAGGGUAUGAUCGACUGUUUCGUUCGUAUCCCACGUGAGCAAGGAUUCUUAAGUUAUUGGCGUGGUAAUUUUGCCAACGUUAUCAGAUACUUCCCGACACAGGCUUUAAAUUUUGCCUUUAAGGACAAAUACAAGCAGAUUUUCCUUGGUGGUGUUGACAAGAACACUCAGUUUCUACGCUACUUUGUCGGGAAUCUCGCAUCUGGUGGUGCUGCUGGUGCAACAUCUCUAUGCUUUGUCUAUCCACUUGACUUUGCUAGAACUAGGUUGGCUGCUGAUGUAGGCAAGGGUACUGGCGAGCGUGAAUUUACGGGGUUGGCUAAUUGUUUAGCGAAGAUUUCCAAGGCCGACGGUAUCACUGGUCUAUACCGUGGCUUCGGCGUAUCUGUCCAGGGUAUCAUCAUUUAUCGUGCUGCUUACUUUGGUUUCUAUGACACUGCUCGUGGUAUGCUACCAGAUCCUAAAAAGACUCCAUUCCUUGUUUCAUGGGGUAUUGCUCAGGCUGUAACUACUGUUGCGGGUAUUGUAUCUUAUCCAUUUGAUACAGUACGUAGACGUAUGAUGAUGCAGUCUGGUCGUGCUAAGAGCGAAAUUCUGUACAAAAACACUCUUCAUUGCUGGUCCACUAUUUAUAAGACGGAGGGUGGUAAUGCCUUCUUCAAGGGCGCGUUCUCCAAUAUUCUUCGUGGUACUGGUGGUGCGCUCGUACUCGUACUGUACGACGAGAUUAAGAACCUUCUUUAAAAUUUUAAAGCGAUCCUCGUCUCAUUACUUUCACCGAUCACAAACAUCGUCAUUAUUACCCGGAAUAUCCGAUUUGAUAGCAAAUCCCGGACCGACGGGCAAUGAGACUCGCUGUCGGUUUUAACGAACAAGUAAUUCAGGCUGAGGACGUUCGGUAGCAGCUCGUAAAAUGCAUGAAACUCGGCAGAAAUUGUAACUGAGAAAAAGAUAAAAAAAGAAAAAAAGCAUAGAAAGAAGAGAAUCUGCUUAAUUUAUUGCCGGAUUCAGUAUUUUCCCGCAGCGACUGCCAGACUACGUGCUGUAUUUUCUUAUUACACUACACUUGAGAAAAACAGAAGGCAAAUCGAAUUAGGACAAGCUGCGAUGAUCAACAAUCGUGAUCACGGUCAUCUGAAAACGUUCCAUAAACACCGAGUAGCUCGAUUGCAAUAUUGAGUAUCGAAAGUAUAAUUGCCUAGAGAAAUCCGAGUCAGCGCAUGUGAAGUCAGUGAGAGAGGCGGACGCGCGACGACGACGUCAUUACGGCGAUGCGACGGGGUGCGUAGCUUGGGCCGCCCCCCGCCUUUAAUCUCGGCCCGUUGUAGAUAAUUCAUAAUUCGUAAUUAAUAAACUUUCAUUUUUUGAUGAUAUCAGCCGGUCUAUCAAGCUUUGAUAGACGAUAAUUUAAUUUCGCACUACA